UAGUAGUUCGUAUUAUUCAACUCUCUAAAUCUGAAUUAGUGAAAAUUUCACUAUUUCAAUUAGUAAAUGUAUGGUUUACUAACAAAAUAGUAAUAUUUUGAGGUUUUACUUUUAAAAUACCGAUUUUAAUUAACCCCACCUGAUCUUCGUUUGAAUGAAAAUGAUUCUUCGUUCGAAAGUCUCGCUUCGUUCAUCAUUCAGAUCUCGGACCGAAGACAGAUAAAAUUAUUGAGUAUUUCCGAAAUUUGUGACAAUGUCGGAAAUUCAACUAUUUUACGAUGAUCAAAAUAUAUUCAUUACAGGUGGAACUGGAUAUUUUGGAAAAAUUCUAAUAGAAAAAUUAUUGAGAAGUUUUCCAAAUAUAGGAACUAUCUACAUGUUGAUGAGACCGAAGAGGGGAAAAGAUGUAAACGAACGACGGAAGGAACUCCUCAGAGCACCUGUUUUUGAUCCUUUAAGACAGAAAAAUCCUGACUUUGAGCAGAAAGUCGUGGCAAUAAAUGGUGAUAUAGAAAAACCUGGUUUAGGAUUGUCUGCUGAAGAUCGCAAUUUUCUUAUAAAAGAGGUGUCCAUAGUUUUUCACUCAGCAGCUUCUGUUGUGUUUAAUGAACCUUUACCAAAGGCUUUUGUGACGAAUAUCAUGAGUGUGAAAGAAAUCAUCGAUUUUUGCAAAGAAUGCAAAAAAUUAAAGGCUGCUGUUUACGUAUCUUCAGCAUUCAGCAAUCUUAUUCAUGAUAAGAUUGAAGAGAAAGUAUAUCCAUCACCUAUUAAAUAUGAAGAAAUAAAAGCGAUAACGGAAUUUAUGAAAGAAAAAAAUCUUUCACGAGAGGAUCAGCAGAAACUAACAAAAAUUAUCAUAGGAAAAUUUCCAAACACCUAUACCUUUUCAAAAGCAACAGGUGAAGGUUUGAUAAAAGAAUACGCGAGUGAUUUGUCAUUUUGCAUCUACAGAUUUUCCAUUGGUACUUCGACAUAUAAAGAACCAUUUCCUGGAUGGAUUGAUGCUUCUCAAGGAAUGAAUGCAUUGUUGAUAUAUGGCAAACUUGGUACAGUUCAUGUGCUAAAUUUGAAUGAGAAAAUAAAUUUUGAUAUCAUACCGGCGGAUUUUGCGGUGAAUGGUAUAAUCGCAUCAUGCUGGGAGACUGGAAUGAUACCAAAAAAGAUAGACGGCGAUGUACCUGUGUACAAUUUUGUUUCUAGCACAGACAAUCCAAUAAAAAUGGGAGACGUUUUUGAAAUAUAUAAAAAAUACCAGUGGAAGAAUCCAGCAAGAGCAGCUAUUUAUUAUCCCUUCUUCAUCGGAGUUACUUCUCUACCACUCUUCAUUAUUUACAAUUUUUUUCUUCAUAAAAUCCCAAUUUUUAUUGGUGAUCUCAUAUUAAAAUUAUUGGGUAGGAAUCCCAAUCUGCAUAGAAUCUACCAAAAAGGAGUAGUCGUAAUGGACUCGUUGAGAAUUUUCAUGAACCGUGAUUGGAUCUUUGAGACUUACAGGAUAAGAGCCCUCUGGAAUAAACUUUCAGAAACUGAUAAGAAAUUACUGCCUUUUGAUAUAACAACAGUAAAUUGGGACGAUUUUACCAAUAUACAUUUUGAUGCAGUUCACAAAUUCUUAUUGAAAACUGACAAUAGUCCUGAAAGCAUCAAGUACUCUCGUCGUCGAAUGAUGAAGCUCUAUGUAAUUCAUCAGAUUGUGAAUUUUCUGACCAUCGUCUUCAUUUUGUGGUUCAUCUGGAUGAUAGUUUCUUUUUUUUAUAAAUAAUGUAUAAUUUUGUAACUAAAAAUUU